GAUUGCAAAGUUUAUGCAGAUUACUUUAUAAACCGGAUUGAGAGAGAGGUGCAGAAUCUCAGUCCAUUUUCACAGGUGGAGGAGACCGCAUCGUAAGCGGCAACAAUGCCGGUCAUAAAUGUAGAAGAACUGACAGAUCUGGAUAAGGCUAAAAUGGAAGUAACCCAGCUCAAAACAGAGGUCAAGCUUGAAAGGGCGAAGGUGUCCAAAUGCUGUGAAGAGAUCUCAGAGUACAUUCAGAGCGGAGCAGAUGAGGAUCCUUUGGUCAAAGGCAUUCCAGAGGAGAAGAACCCAUUCAAAGAGAAAGGUGGAUGUGUCAUUUGUUAACGAGGAUAGAGAAACCCCCAACUUUUACAGUUUAGUGUUCAGUACUGCCUAUGGACACCAGCUAAAAUUUAAUAAUAGCUGGAACUCACAAUACAUGAAAAAGGACAAUCACAAACAUGGAUAGAUGUUCAAUGAACUCUAAAUGGCUUUUUUCCCCUCCCUUUUUCUAAAUGAGUCCCCAGGAUCUGGACCCCAAUAUGUUGUGUGUUCCUCUUUGACGUGCUGUAAUACCAUUGGGCACUGAUCACCAGAGAUUUGUUUGAUGGACUAAUGCAUGUAUUUCUUUUUUGGGCAGCCAGCCAAGGGGUAACAUCUGUGUGACAAAACAGGUUGAAAGUGGAAUGUUUGAGCUUGUAAUUCACAUGAUAAAUCAAUGCUUAAUCUGUGGAAUAUUUUAGCUAUUCAAUAAAAUCACAUUACUUG